GCGAGAACCACAGAGACUAAUGGCAUGGAGGCCACAGAGAUUACAGAAAACCCCAUCAUGAAAUACAUCCUGGUGACUGGAGGUGUGAUAUCGGGGAUUGGCAAGGGUGUCAUUGCAUCAAGCGUUGGCACUAUCCUCAAGCACUGCGGCCUGAGGGUCACUUCCAUCAAGAUCGACCCUUACAUCAACAUUGAUGCCGGAACCUUCUCCCCUUAUGAGCACGGUGAGGUGUUUGUGCUGGAUGACGGUGGAGAGGUGGAUCUUGACCUGGGCAAUUAUGAGCGGUUCCUCGACGUCACACUCCACCGUGACAACAACAUAACCACAGGCAAGAUCUACCAGUCGGUCAUCAACAAAGAGAGACGUGGGGACUACUUGGGGAAGACUGUUCAGGUGGUGCCACACAUCACAGACGCAAUUCAGGAAUGGGUAGAGACAGUGGCGCAUCGGCCAGUGGAUGGGGACCAUGCAGAUCCUGAGGUGUGUAUCAUCGAGCUGGGAGGCACCAUUGGAGACAUUGAGGGUAUGCCCUUUGUUGAGGCCUUCAGGCAGUUCCAAUUUAGAGUGAAGAGAGAGAACAUAUGUGUGGUUCACGUGUCCCUGGUACCCCAGCCAUCCUCAACAGGAGAGCACAAGACCAAACCAACACAAGCCAGUGUGAGGGAGCUGCGUGGAUUGGGCUUGUCUCCUGACUUUAUCGUGUGUCGCUCAGAGAAGCCCAUUGACCAGUCUGUCAAGCACAAGAUCUCCAACUUCUGUCAUGUGUCUCCAGAGCAGGUUAUUUGUUUGCAUGAUGCCUCUAGCAUUUAUGCAGUGCCAUUGAUGUUGGAGGAGCAACAGGUAUCUCACCUUCUCAGCGAUCGUCUCAGCCUCAACUUGAACACACAUCGCCCCAGGAACUUCAUGAAGAAAUGGCGUGAUCUCUCAACCAAGCAUGAGCAUCUACGAUACAGUGUCACCAUUGUGCUGGUUGGAAAGUACACACAACUAGAGGAUUCAUACGCCUCGGUGAUCAAGGCCCUGCAGCACGCAGCCCUUGCAUGCAACCGCAAAUUGGAUCUGAAGUGCAUGGAGGCUGAGGACCUAGAGGAGGAGGCCAAGGCAAACCGCCCUGUCAAGUACUAUGAAGCGUGGCAGAAUGUGUGCAAGGCAAAUGGUAUUAUUGUUCCUGGAGGCUUUGGUCAGCGUGGAAUGGAAGGAAAGGUCGCUGUGUGCAAAUGGGCCAGGACAAUGAAGAAGCCACUGUUGGGAGUAUGCUUAGGAUUACAAGCUGCAGUCAUUGAAUAUUCAAGAAAUGUACUGGGCUGGACAGAUUCCAACAGCCAGGAGAUGUUUCCUGAGGGAACACGUCAUGUGAUUGUGGAGAUGCCUGAGCACAACCCAGGCCAGCUUGGUGGCACCAUGAGGCUGGGCAAGAGGCAGACUGUGUUCAAAUCGCAUGACUCAAAGCUCCGUCAGCUAUAUGGCAAUGUGGACUUUGUUGAGGAGAGGCACCGACACAGAUUUGAAGUGAAUCCAAAAUUUGUUGCCGAUUUAGAGGCAGCUGGAAUGAAGUUUGUAGGCCAUGAUGUUGAUGGAGAAAGGAUGGAAAUUAUGGAGUUGGCAGAUCACCCUUACUAUGUGGCUUGUCAGUACCAUCCAGAGUACCUCACUAGGCCAUUAAAGCCAUCACCCCCAUACCUGGGUCUAAUCCUAGCAUCUAGUGGCAAGUUGGAGCAGUACUUGUCCCGCGGAUGUCGAAUGAGCCCCACCGAUUCUCCUGAGUCCUCCGACGAGGAGCUGCCCAUGCCUCCCCACCUGCUGGUACACCAAACAGACAAGCCUAGCAUGUCACCUGCUUCUCGCACCACUCCUCCCCCCACACUCCAAGAAGUGCCUACCUCGGCCCCCAACAACUCCUCCUCCUCGGCGGAGAAGAGCAAUCCUGAUGGAAGUAAAAAGAGCCUCUAAUAGUAUGGCUGGUCUAGGACAUUUGAUUAGCCUUGGUGUUAUUGUGGUUAACACUUAGGUUUUUUUUACUAAUAUUAUGAUUUAUUAUUUUUAACUUUUUGUUUUCGCAUUCAUUUUUCGAUUUUUUAUUCUAAUAGUCAUUCUUUGUUUUAAACAUCAGUAUUACUGUAUGUGCAGUUCCCCUAUGGUUCAUGUUCAGAGUGCAUUUGUUUGUAAGUCUUACACAAAUACCUAUAUAAGGUCUAUAGUUUAUGUGGUGCAUUAUGGAAAAGCCUAUUACUCACAUUUAUGAUAUACAAUAUAGAUAUAUAUAACCCCUUAGUGUUCAUAUUCAAAAUAUUGAGGAUAGGAGAUAACUUUGUAUAUUUUGUGCUAGCCAUAUCAUCCCUUCCCUUCCAGAGACAUAAAACUAUAUUUAAUGUGUUUGUCACACCCUCCAGAAAUGUAAAACUAUAUAUAAUGUGUUUUUAACAAUGAUCCUUUGUAAAUGGUCAUUAUAUUUAUUGGCAAGUAAACCAUACAAAGCAUACAUGUGUGUAAGGGAGAUAGAUAUUCUCUAUAUUUCAAGCUUUAAUUUUUUUUCUUCUUUCCCUCUUUCUUUCUUUCUUUCUUUCUUUCUUUCUUUCUUUCUUUCUUCAGUGUGUGAGAAAAGAUGAUACAAAAAUGAGUUAAGAUAUCUAGAAAAUUAUCUCAAGUAAUGUUACUUGGAAGGAAAAAGUAGUUUCAGAAAUCACUCAUUCAUUCAUCCAUCAUGACCGUCGUGAGUCAAAAGAUUAUUGUCAAGGCAGGAUAAAAAGAGCUGUCGUGGUGUUUUCACUUGCUUUGUCCAGCAUGAUUUGUGAUGACGUAACUAGAUAUAACGAUGCAGUGUUGUAUAUCUUCCUUCAUGUGCCAUAUAUUAAAGUAGAUAGCAAAAGUUGGUGCAAUACAAAAGUGGAUGGAAAGUUUACAUGCUUGAGUGAAGAAUCAGGUGUUGGUUUGUUGGCUGCCAGUGAUACUUUGGCAACCAGGUGAUGUUUUUGGUGAUUGUGAUUAUUGUUUUUAUGCAUGUAGGCUUUGGUUUGUGAUUUUAAAGGGAUUUUUUUUUUUUUUUUUUUUUUUUUUUUUCCAUCCCAUUGAGUUGGUAGAAAAUGAAAUAUUUGUAUUCAAAGAAAAGUAAUGUAUAACCUUUUUUAUUUUAUUGUUGUUAUUAUCAUUAUUAUUAUUAUUAUUAUUAUUAUUAUUAUUAUUAUUAUUAUUUUAGAAAAGUAAUGGGAUAAGAAAAAAUAUAGUAAUAUAUUACCUCUCCUUUUAUGGAGACUUUCUGAAGCUUAUUAUAUAUUCUCUUUUUAUUAUAAUUUUGGCAUGAUGAUCUAAUUAAUUCACAUUUCUUUAGCACUUAUCAAGCACAAUGAUGAAAUUAAUGCUCAUUUUUCAUGCAUUUAUUAAAAAAAAAGAUAGUAUCAGUAUAGCACGAACCAGAAAAAAACAUGUAUUUUUAGCAUUUCAUGUGAUGUAUGCAAUCUCUAAUAACCAGACAAAUCAGAUGUGUAUAACCUUUCAAUGUAAAGCAUUUAUCGAACAAUGUAUAGAUGUGUAUCUCAUAUUCCAUGUCCUUAAUACCCUCAUAUAUCAUAUAUACCUUUUGUUUCGGAGCCAAGAUGUGCGUUAGCUUAAUUUGUUGUAUAUUUGAAUUACAUUUAGAAGAUUUUUUAUCAUUUGUUUUCAUUUGCUUUUUUAUUUUUUUGAUAUUUUAUAAUAUACCUGGUGUAUAUGCAUAGUGUAGUGAUAAUUCACCUUUAUUAUAAUAAAGUUUCCAUUUUGGGUAGAGCGUAUCUCAUUAUUUUACAGUAGUGAAGGAAACACAGAUUUGUAUCUCAAACAUUGAAUGAUAUAUCCUCCAAGUUGAAUGAACCUGAACAAAGUUAAAACCUAUUUAAGAAUUACUGAUAUUUGAUACUAUAGUUUAUGUACAAACAAUUGGUGUGACCCAUACCAAUAAUUUGAUUUAGCCUUAUAUGGUAUAUUCCCAAUGAAUUUUUGAUGCAGGUUUGACAGACCGGACAGAGUCGUGCAUAUCAGUAUUAAGUUUUUCUUUUUCAGUGAAGAGAUAUUAUGUAUGCAUUCAUAGCAAUCUCAUUUUUAUAUAAGAUGGGAUUUAGUUGGUUAGAUUUAUAUGGUUUUGAUUAAAUCAAAUGUUGGUAGUUAUGGAUGCAAAUUGAAUUCUAAUUGUUAAAUUCCAUUAAAGAUGUUUGGUUUUAAAUGUACUUCAUGCCAUGGAUUGUACUAAUGGUCAAGUAUUCCUCUGUUACAGAUUUAGAUUGGUGAUGAAGUAGCCAUAGUAUAUUUUCUCACUUUAGUUUGGGAAACACAGGCAACAACUUUCUUGCUUCUUCUUCCUUGAAAGUGACUCUAGAAAGCUCCUUAUGCUUCUUAUAAAAGCCAGAAAUGGUAUAUGAUAAAAGAGAAGAAAAAUACUUUUUUCUACACAGUAAUAUUUCCUUAUCCAACUGAAUGCCUAGUUUUUUUUAUAGGUUGGGUUUGAAUUUAACAUAUCAAUUUUUAUUCUCAAUCAGUUGAUACUCAUAAACGGCAGAGCGAAGGGAGUACAAGCAAGAAAUUUUGUGAAAGUUUUCUCAACAAAAUGUUUCAGUUAAAACCACUUGUACCUUUUUAUUGUAUAUUUUGAGCUGUAUGAAAGCAAUUCUCAGAGUUAAUAUUGUUUAGAUUUGAUAUAUUUUGUCAUUCGUUAAAUGGGUGCCAUAUUUAUUGUUAAGGUUAAGAAUGGAAUUUCUUAAAAGUAAACCUUUUUUGUUCUCAAUUGUUUCCAGUUAAAGAAAGAAAUACAGAAGUUUCAAAA